AUGGGGACACCAUUGAUGCCAGAAAGCCUGCUGUGCAGCCUAAUAAUACAUGGGGUAGACGUUUCGAGAUUUCCAAGACCGACAAGCACCAAUUAUCGCGGUGGUGCGUCAGUGAGUGACAUUAUUGGCGAAAUCCGGCCUCGCACUCCGUUUGAGGAUGGAACGUUUCGUGUCAUCUUGAGAAAUGCCAUUUACGGAAAGCAGGACGGUGCAUUUUGGGAAAACUCGGCCCGGAUGAAGCAUUUGAGGAGAUUUGUACUGGAGGCGGAGUGGUCUGUCGAUGAGCAUAAGCCCAGUUGCGGAAAACUAUCUUGCAAGAAACUGAUAUUAUAUAAAGUGAAUAGUUUCACCUGCAAAACAGGAGCUGAGACCCCCCUAAAAACGUUGAAGAAGUGCGCUGUAGUCGAUAAAUUACGGCGCAUCAAGACACAUCUUUCACACACUAGUCGAUCUUAA